ACACAAUCGUUUCCAUUUUUGUUCUCCUGCUGCUCGUCUCUCAUUCUUUGCUAAGGUGGAUAGAUCUAGACAUCUGGGUAAACCAAGAAACUUGCCCCAAUUAUUUUCUCGUAGUCACUUAAACCAUAACUUCAAAAAUUUCAGCAGUAACUUAAGUCGAUUUGAGUGUUGCCAAAUAGGUUCUAAGAGUGGUGGGAAUCUGUCGCGCACGAGAGAAGGGCAGUUUCAAGCUCCAGCAUCGCCGUCAGGCAUGGAGGAAGGCUCGUGUCAAGCUCUAUCGUCGAUGUCGGGCAUGGGAAAAUGAUCCUUUCAAGCUCCACCAUCGUUGCUGGUUCCAUACUCGGACAAGGCACCAAUGGUUUGAUCGUCGGGCGCUGGGUUGGAUUUGAGCACUUCCUAGAAAUAUAAGAUUUGAGCACUUUGGAGAAGAAGAAGAAGAAGAAUUUGCUGAGGGAAUAGAUGGGCAAAAUGGGGAUUUCGAAUUUAGAUAUUAUAAAAAAAUAGAAUACAUUAAGAAACAAAGCCACAUAGGCAGUCAUAUACUCACUUAGAGCCCGUUUGGUAGCAUGAAAAUCAGCUGUUUUAGCUGUUUCUGCUAAAAUUUAUGAAGUUCUGACUGGAGUGGCUGCAUUAGUUGAUUCUGCUGAUUUAAGAAAAAAUUAUUUUUAAAAUAUAUUUUAUUAAUAAAAUAAAGAAAAAAUUAUAUGUAAA